GCAGGCGCGCAUCAUUCUUCAGAAUAAAGGAUACGUCAGAAUUGUGUAGUCGAGACGACAACUUCUGUGUCCUUUUCAAAUAUAUUAGUACUGGUAUGUAAUAGCACGUUAUAAUAUCGGAAGAACAUGUCAUAACAUGCUAGGUAACAAAUACGUCAAGGUAUUAUCACGUUUGGUGAAGGAUUUAUGUGCUAUUUUGGUGUCAAAACAGCGUAUGAGGCCGGUAACAUCAACAGAGAGGACAAACCCAGCCUGCCUCUCUCUUUCCACACUGAGUCCAAACCUACAGUCACUGGGUUGGGUCCUGAUUGUGACAGUGGAGCCCAGUUUGCACCGCAGGAUCCAGAGAUGGCAACAGUGAAGCUGGAAGAGUGCAGUCAAACAAUGGAGCUGAAUGUCAACAUUAAAGAUGAAGAAGAAGAGGAGAAGAUUGGGACAUCUGUUAAUGAUGGACGACUAGAAUUAAGUCUGAGGGCGGUAACAUCAACAGUGAGGACAAACCCAGCCUGUCUCUCUCCUUCCACACUGAGUCCAAACCCACAGUCACUGGGUCCUGAUUGUGACAGUGGAGCCCAGUUUGCACUGCAGGAUCCAGAGAUGGCAUCAGUGAAGCUGGAAGACUGCAGUCAAACACUGGAGCUGAAUGUCAACAUUAAAGAUGAAGAAGAGGAGGAGAAGAUUUGGAAAUCUGUUUCUCAUGGAGACCAUGUUGAGACAUUCUCUACAUCCAGAGAGCAACAGCAGGAAGAUCACAGAGCUAAGAGGUCUCACCUCUGCCCACAUUGUGUGGAGAUUUUCCCAAUUCUAUCAAAGCUAAAAAUACACCUAAAAAUACACACAGGAGAACAUCUGUAUUCCUGUACUGACUGUGGGAAGAGAUUCACAACACCAGGAGCUUUGGCAGUUCAUCAGAGAGUGCACACUGGAGGGAAGCCUUACUCCUGCUCUGACUGUGGAAAGAGUUUCUCUCUACUGGGCAACUUAAAAACACAUGAACGUAUACAUACAGGAGUGAAGCCUUACUCUUGCUCUGACUGUGGAAAGAGUUUCUCUCUACUGGGCAACUUAAAAACACAUGAACGUAUACAUACAGGUGUGAAGCCUUACUCCUGCUCUGACUGUGGACAGAGUUUCUCUCGACUGGGCCACUUAAAAACACAUGAACGUAUACAUACAGGAGUGAAGCCUUACUCGUGCUCUGACUGUGUAAAAUGCUUCACAACAUCAGCUCAGCUAAAAGAUCAUCAGAGAACACACACAGGAGAGAAGCCUUACUCUUGCUGUGACUGUGGAAAGAGUUUCUCUCUACUGGGCAACUUAAAAACACAUAAACGUAUACAUACAGGAGAGAAGCCUUACUCCUGCUCUGACUGUGGGACAAGUUUCUCUCUACUGGGCCACUUAAAAACACAUGAACGUAUACAUACAGGUGUGAAGCCUUACUCCUGCUCUGACUGUGGAAAGAGUUUCUCUCUACCGAGCACCUUAAAAACACAUGAACGUAUACAUACAGGAGUGAAGCUUUACUCCUGCUCUGACUGUGUAAAAUGCUUCACAACAUCAGCUGAGCUAAAAGUUCAUCAGAGAACACACACAGGAGAGAAGCCUUACUCCUGCUCUGACUGUGGAAAGAGUUUCUCUCGACUGGGCCACUUAAAAAGACAUGAACGUAGACAUAUUGGAGUGAAGCCUUACUGCUGCUCUGACUGUGUAAAAUGCUUCACAACAUCAGCUGAGCUAAAAGUUCAUCAGAGAACACACACAGGAGAGAAGCCUUACUCCUGCUCUGACUGUGGAAAGAGUUUCUCUCGACUGGGCCACUUAAAAAGACAUGAACGUAUACAUACAGGAGAGAAGCCUUACUCCUGCUCUGACUAUGGGAAGAGUUUCUCUCAAAUUGGCCAAUUUAAAAGCCACCAAGGUAAACAAAGGAGAGAAGUCUUGACACUGAUCUGACUAUAGAGAACACACAAAGGAGAGAAGCCUUACCACUGAUCUGACUGUAGAGAACACACAAAGGAGUGAACCUUACUUCUUCCUUGAGGUUUUUAAGCAAACCAGACGGCACAACACCAUUUACAAACAAAGCAUUUGUGUUUAGUGAGUCCGCCAGAUCAAAGGCAGUAGGGAGGACCAGGGAUGUUAUCUUGAUAAGUGAGUGAAUUGGACCAUUUUGUGUCAUGCUAAUCAGAAAAAAAUGUAACUAGUACUUUUGGGUGUCAGGGAAAAUGUAUGGAGUAAAAAGUACAUUAUUUACUUAAAGAAUUUGCGAAAUAAAAAUAAAAGUUGUACAAAAUAUGAAUAGUUAAGUAUAGAUACCCAAAAAAACUACAUAAGUACUUUACGCCACUGCAUGCAUCCAUGCUGUGUGUCCGCAUUGCAGGCUGGUGGUGUGAUGGUUGGGGUGUGUUUUCAGGGCACACAUUGGGCCCCUUGAUAAAAGUUGAGCAAUGUUUGAAUGCCACAGGAUAUCUAAAUAAUCAUUGCCAAUCAGGUUCCUCCCUUCAUGGCAGCAGUUUAUCCAUCUGCAAGUUGAUUUUUAUCAGGAUUAUGCCACAAGGCUUGUCCAGGACUGGUUCCAAGAACAAGAACAGUACAGUGAAUUCAGCUCACUGAAUUCACUGUAAUUUUGCAUCUGUGGGAGGAGAUGGAACGAGCUAUUCAGAGUAGAUCCACUCCCAGCUAACUUGACACAAUUGCAGGAAGCAUUGGAGUCAACACGGGCCAGCAUCUCUGUGGAACGCACACAACACCUUGGACAGUCCAUGUCCGACGAAUUCAGGUUGUUCUGAGGACAAAGGGGGGGUGCAACUCUAUAAGGAAGGUGUUCCUAAUGUUUUGUGCACUCAGUGUAUAUCAGAUAAAGAUGGUGUGAUGAUCAGCUUUCAGCAUUAGUUUGGGUGGAUUAUUUUAUAUUACUAAAUACGUUUUGUUUAAUGAUAAAUGUAGAGCUUGUAUGUAUAUUAUGUAUUAUUAGUGUUUCAUGUUUGUCCCCAGGAAGAGUAGCCGCUGGUGAUCCUAAUAAAUUACUAAAUUGUACUAAAUGUAUCA